AUUGUGUACACGAGCUUGCGGUGCAAUGGCUGCGCUGCACCUAUACAAGUUUUUCCACAUCACGCGGCUGCUGCAUAUUAGCCGUCGUGGCAGGGGCAAAUGCCUUUUGACGCAUCUGCUACUGCUUUAACAUCAUGCAUGUAGGAAGAGUAGGUAUAAGUAUAUAUUCUAUAUAAUGUAUUAUUAUUAUAAUGUAUACUAUAUGCUGAGAGAGUAGGAAUGUGUGUGUAUUCGCUGUGAGCGCGUCGUUGGAGGGGAGGGCUGGCGCUGGUGUCACUUUUCACGCGUAAUCUUAUGGAAAUUGCUAAUGGCGGCCGCUCGAACUAUUUUUCGCCCAUAAGAUUUAACAUGGGAUGUACUCCCGAAAUGAGGGCGCCACGGUAUGUGCUCACAGCGAAUAGGUAAGGAGUAGCAUACUCAUGCAGAGACGGCUGGAAAUUUGGAGUAGUAGAGCAGGUGGCCGAUAAACAUAUGUGUACAGAAUAAGGUUUCUAGUUAUUUAGCGCUCUCGCAAGCUCGAGCUACUAGCGAAAUCCCAUUUAGCGAGAUCGCUCGAGAUUAUGCUCGCGCUGCGGUGCUUGGAUAUACGUGUGUUCUAGUGAACGUUCGUUUAUUUCAGAGCUUUAUGCCUACUCUUAUAUUUUUUUUAUCAUUAUUCUGUCGCGCUUGUAAAUUUAUCUAAGAGGUUCAUGGAGGUGCUAUAUCUGCAUACACGUGCGCAGGCGGUGCAAUAAAUUGUACUUGAUUUCAUGAUUCAGCUAGAUUUUAUAACGUGCAUGCGCGUGAGUCUCGUGUAGUUUAUGUUUUGAAAGAAGAAUAAGCGUAGGAGCGAAAGUGGAACGAUCUUGAGUACAUUGUCCUCGGUAUAUGCGCAUAUUAACGCCGCUCCCUUUUCUUAUAGGUUCACGUUACGUUGCGCGCGAGCUUUUUAUACUCUCGUCCUUAUCAUUAUGAAUUUCUUCUACGGAUACAACUUUAUAGUGAGACUAUUUUAUUUUCAACUUCUGUAGUGAAACUUUGAAAGCGAUGACUUACCGAUAUUGAUAUUAACACAUGCCUACGAUAAAAGGUUCUUCGUGUUUUUCUAUUUAAAUCUAUAAUCGUCUUUGAAAACAUUUGUUCUCAUGAAUCGUUGAAAAUAUAUUCAAAUGAAAUUUUUCAGAAAUACUAAGUGUAUGUCAGUAAAAGUUGAUAUCAAUAAAUUUAAAUUUAAGAAUGUGCCAUCAAGUAUAUAACAAUGAAUACAACUUUCAAAAAUUCCGCCACCGCCGCUGCCUGCAAGUGAAAGUGCACCUUCUUGUCGGUAAACCAAAACUCUUCAUUCCCGACGACACAUAAUACAGUCGUAAACUCGGGAUCGCGAAUGGCGUCGUACCGUCCGCGCAGUACCUUCUCUUGAGUUAACUGCCAAAGUAAACAGUCAAUGCAUAACACGUAAUAUAAUGGGCACACGUAUACGUAGAUAUAGUCAUAGCAAACGCGUACGUGAAUACUUCAACUCGUAGCCGUUCAUACAUACUUACACAUAUUUAAGGUAUGCGUCAUCGGCCGAUCAUGUGUUUCACGAAAUUUUCUCCUCUACUGUCGCUGCAGUCUUUCGUGGCUGUGCUAAGCUGUUAGAUGUGAGAGCCAAACAGAGAAAUGGCGUAAAACAAGAAAAUACGAUAAAACGUCAAAGGCUGGGGAGCAAAGUCUGAUUAUUUACUUUUACUUGCCACUUCCAAUCGUCAUUUACUCUUUGUUCAGCGGGGAAUGGUCAGUCUCACACGUCAUUUAAGUACUUCUGGCAGUUUUCAGGGUGCUGUAUUUUUUGAUGCAUCAUUAAACAUGGACGAUGAAGAAUAUCUUCAGCCUGUCUUGGUUGCCCAAGAGCAAGAGAGUUUUCAAAAGUUGGAUACGAUUCCAAUUGUUGCUGUGCCUCUUAUCUUUGGAGUAGCCUUGGAAAUUACUGGAAUAAUAUUUGUAUCUAUGUGGCCUGAAGAAAAAAAUAAAUGCGACACCUACUUUGUACUGCUCUAUCUUCACUGUGCCUAUUGGUUACUUAUCAUGGUAGUCGAUCAUUUGGUGAAAGCAAGACACCACACCCUUAGAAUAUGUGGCUACUUAGACUUUUACCAAUCAACUUAUCAACACAUCAGAACACCUCUGUUCAUCUCGUCAUUGUGGAAUACAAUCUACUUGUUGCUAUCAGUGAUUUUACAUCAUACCCACAAGAACAACUAUGAAAAUUACUGCAGGGCUUCCGAGUGGUUCACACCAUUAAAUUAUAUUCUUUUAUUAACUACUUUUGAGUUAAUAAUUAUAGUACCAGUCUACAUAAAUUACAUUAAGAGAGUUGUUAGAUUCAAUCGAACAAAGCCACCACCAGAUGUUACCCGAGAGGAAUGGCUCAUGUCUUUCACUCAAGACUCGUACACCGGUGAAGUAGGGUAUCACCAAAGAGGAUUAAAUUUGGCUGAACUGCUUGAAAAACAAGCAGACUUGAUUAGGUAUUUAAGAGAUCAUAAUGUAAGAUUAAGCCAUAGAAUGAUGCUUCUAGCAUCUCAUCGCAGAGCAAUGCAAUCUUAAAUUCUUCCCAAGUAAAGAAUGAUAAAUUAAUUCAUGACACAAGUGAAUAUGUGUGAUAAAAGUGACAAAUACGGGAACUUUUGUUCAAUUCCCAAGUGAAUUGAACUAUCAAUACUAAUUACCUAAAGAUUUGUUACUCGUUAUUUUUGGAUGACAAUAUAAUAUAGUCAAUUUUUUAUAAAUUUUAUAGAAAAUGCAUAUAUUUUCAUGAGAUAGAUGUAAUGUACCUUAUUUUUUUGCUUCAUUAAAAAUUCUAUAUAUAAUCUCAAAAACAUCAUAACCCUGGUAUUAGAUAUUAUUUUGUAUAUUUGGUGACAAGCCCAUUGUAUUAUUAGCUCGAUUAUUAGCUAUUGUAUAGUUAUUUAGGUUUUAUUUGUGACUUGUCAAUACAAAAUUCAUUAACUUUACUUUAUUAAAAAAAGUAUGCGUAUCGCUAGAAUUAAUAAUUAUUAGGUAUUAUAAACUAUAAAAUGUUCGGUUUAAGAAUCUCCAAAACCGUAACUUGAAUAAUUUUUUAAUAAAUUUGUCAAAAAUUAUGCUAAAUAAUGAGAUUUUUUAUACAUUAUAUGUAUACAAGGAAAUUCAAUAUAGUGUAUCUGCAAUUUUCAAUGUAGUCGAAAAUAUUAAGAUUAUUUUCAUGCUAUAUUUUUAAGUUGGGAAAGAUGGUUAUUUGGUGGAACAGGUCGUAGGGAGUAAUAAAUAUUAUGAUGUAUAAUCGAGUUACGAGUUAAAUAUAUUUCAACAAAUACAUUCAACAUUAAACACAUAAAUACUCAAAACACCUUUAUCAACAUUACAUUUUCAUAGAACCUCCAUAAAGAUAUCGUAAGCUGUCUUAGGCCCGAUCACUUUGGUCCGCUUAUAUUGUAAAAUAUUACUAGAAAAAGUCGACGCAUUUACAAACUAUCAAAAAAAAAAGUUUUGUGUACAUAUACAUAAUAAUAGUCGAAAAAAGACAACAACAGAGCAUUACCUAAAUACAACGUAGUCAUAUUCAACUAGAGCAAUAAAUAAGUGAAUAAAAUUGUAAAAUAACAUGAUGACGAAGAUUUUUUUUCAAAUAUAAAUAUAGAACUGAA